AUGUGGACGUCGCUGCUGUUCCGAACCGCUCGGUACUUGUGGCCCCGUGGAGCCCUAGUUAGGCUUCCUCGCCGGCCCGUGAGCUCUAGCAGCCCCCAGCUGGAGGAGCUCUUCGCCGACGGUGGGGCCAUGAGGAGUUUCCUCGAACGCCUGGCGGGACCUGGGGUUCAGGCCCUGUCCCUAGUCCAGGGUCCGGAGUUGGCGAUGGCGGCCCAGAAACUGAGGGAGAAGGAGCAGGAGCUGCGGGAGACGGAGCGGCUGCUAGAGGAUGAGAAUGAAGACCUAAGGAAACUUGCAGAAAAUGAAAUAAUCUCUUGUCAGAAAGAAUUAACUAAAUUGAAGCAAAAGAUAAUCUUACUCUUGAUUCCCUCAGAAGAAACAGAUGAGAAUGACUUAAUCUUGGAAUUAACUGCUGGAGUUGGGGGUCAGGAAGCUAUGUUGUUUACUGCAGAGAUGUUCGAUAUGUACCAGCGAUAUGCCUCAUAUAAAAAAUGGCAUUUUGAAAUACUGGAAUACUUUCCUAGUGAAAUAGGUGGCCUAAGACAUGCAUCUGCCAGCAUUGGGGGACCAGAAGCUUAUAGGCACAUGAAGUUUGAAGGAGGUGUACAUCGAGUGCAACGAGUGCCAAAGACAGAAAAGCAAGGCCGGAUGCACACCAGCACAAUGACUGUAGCAGUAUUGCCCCAGCCUACUGAAAUUAACCUGGUAAUCAAUCCUAGAGAUUUACGCAUUGAAACUAAGCGAGCUAGUGGAGCCGGGGGUCAGCACGUAAAUACUACUGACAGUGCUGUCCGAAUAGUUCAUCUUCCAACAGGUGUUGCUACUGAAUGCCAACAGGAGAGGUCUCAAAUAAAAAAUAAAGAAAUGGCCAUGAAAAAGUUACGGGCAAAACUAUAUAACAUUCAGCUGGAAGAAGAGACUAACAAACGAUAUAAUGCUAGAAAGAUUCAGAUUGGAACCAAAGGAAGAUCAGAAAAAAUAAGAACAUACCAUUUCCCACAAAAUCGGGUUACAGAUCACAGAAUAAGCAAAUCGCUGUAUGACAUCCAAAGUUUCAUGCUAGGAGAAUAUCUAUUAGAUGAACUUGUACAGUCAUUAAAGGAAUAUGCUGACUAUGAAUCUGUAACAGAAGUUAUUUCAGAAAAAUGUUAAUUUGCCCCCCCAAAAUCCUGUAUUGUAGCUUAGCAAAAUCAAUUUCUGUCAUCUUUCAUGUACAUAAGUCUAGUCCUUUUAAAAAUGCCCACUUGAACACUAUAAAUAUUCAUUGAUUUGUAAACAUGUAUCUGAACAGUCACAGAAGCCAGGGUAAUUCCUGUUCCAGGGUUCUUAAAUUGUUCCUUUUUUUAGUUAUGUUGUGAAAAGGCAGAUAGCUUUCCAGGCUUCUUGCAUCCUAGUCCUCAAAAAAUUUAUUAUGAAUAUGGUUGUAAAUUUAUUUGUUGUCCAAAUAGAUUACAAUAUUAAAUAUUAAAUUAUUAAAAUAUUAAA